CGUCUACCGACCAAACAGGACGUUUAGUAUUUAAUUUUGUUAAAAUGUAUCAAAAAAUAUUCAUAUUUUGUUUGUUGAAUUUCAUUUACUUGGGGAGCAGUUCUUCAGUGCCUUAUGUGACAAAAUGUAAGGCGGAUGACGCGGCUUGCAUAAAGAGCUCUGCUCAAGCAAUGGUUACCAAGUUCGUCGACGGGAUCCCAGAGUUGGGCGUGGAAAAAAUGGAUCCCAUGAACCUGAAGAAGCCCAUCGACGCCAGCAGCCCUGGACUCAAGGUCAUACUAAAAGACUUGGUCGUCACCGGAUUGAGAGACUGCAACAUUCAGAGUAUGAGUCGUGACGCUGCAAAGAACAAGUUAUUUGCAAAGAUUCUGUGCGACGCCGUGAAUACUGUCGGACAGUAUGAGAUGGACGGCAAACUGAUUGUCCUCCAAGUCAGCGGGAAAGGCAAAAUCACGACCGUACUUAAAAAGAUACUGAUGUCCGUCGAAGCAGAUAUGGGUGAAAAGAAAGGCAAAGACGGCAAGACUCAUUGGGAUAUCAAGAGAUUCACUCACUCCUUCGAACUGCAAGACAAAUCCGAACUUGAAUUCGAAAACCUCUUCACUGGAAGUGAGGUUUUGGGCAAAGCCGCCAACCAAGUGAUUGAGUCCAGCAGCAACGAGAUCAUCCUCGAGAUCGGACCGCCAGUAGUGAAGGCCAUCGCCACCAAGGUGGUUGAGAACACCAAGAGAUUCUUCAACAACGUUGACCCAGCAGACCUUGCCUUAGAUUAAACCUAAACUGAUGUGUUGCUUUGUAAUAAAUUACUGUUGAACAUGA